AUGGUGCUUGUGAGCUGUGCUAGAAGUCCGGAAACUAUUUUAUUAUACUUUAGCGAAGCUCGGUACCAGGAGAAGUAUCUGAUGAAAAAUCAUCAUCAGCACUGCGUUAUGGACUUUCAUAAGCAAAACAUCCGAGGGGAUGAAUUACUAGCUUUACGAGAUGCAUUUAUGGAGUUUACUCUAGCUGAGCAGUUAUAUCUCAAGUUGUAA